UUGAAAUUGGGGGAGAGAGAAUCGUCGGUCUACUUGCAGAAGAAGAAAGUUGAGUGGGACGGUGACACGAAACGGAGUUGCAGAGCCAAAAUGUAAUGAACUCUAUUGUUUCUCAAUUGACCUCCUUUUAAUUCCUCAGCUGUCGACGGCGUUGAUUCAUCGGUGGUCAGCUUCGGAAAAUGAUGUCACCGGGAUCAAUGUCUCAGGAUCGAGGAUCUUCUCCUCAUUUCAGGCAUACACCGUUGCAGAUAAUCCACAUGCUUGGAAAUUUCUUUCGGAUAUGGUCAAUCUAUUCAAUGUAUCGCUAUUUUUCUCAGGCUGGAGCUUCAGUUGUACUUUUUCUCUUUUGUUGUUUGGGCCCAGCAGCCAUUAUAUUUUUGACUUUGCAAAAGCCAUGGAAGGGAAAGCCCCUUCCAAAUACCCAGGUAGUUCCUUCUGUGAUAAAUGGUGGCAUAACAGCUUUGUACUUUAUCUUGUGGGGAAAGGGCAUUAAAGCCUGUGGACCUCUGAGGGCUAUACUUGCCGAGUAUUCUGGUGCUGUCCUUGGAGUGCUUUCUGCUGUUUUGUAUGGUCGGAGGGGCUUUGUUUGGAAAAAGGUUGGCGGUCUCAUUGCAAUGCUGGUAUCUUUCUACUUAUUAUCACAAGGGUGGGCCAUGACCACACAUUUUCCCUUCUCUGCUAAAGAUGGCUCUGACGCUGAGAAUCAGACAGAACAAAUGUUGGGUUUGAAAGAAAUGGCAAUUCCUAUCUUUGCUGGAAUUUUAUCAACAUUGAGAAGGGUCAUUGCUCGGCGUGUUUCACUUAAGAACCAACUUAAAAGACGACUUCAUUCUAUAACAAUGGCUUCUGCGACUUGUUUUCUCUUUCCUAUGGCCAUGUGGGACAUGAUAAUUGGAUCAACUUCUGACAACGGCAGAGAGCUUCCUUUCUCCACUUGGGCGUUUAUAAGCACUACAAUAUUUGGUGUUAUUCUUAUAUUCUACGUCGACAGCAUUGCUGAAGAGAGAUUGCACAUGGUUUUUUCUUCUCCAAGACAUUUGGUGGUAGCUGGUGGAAGCAUCAUUCUUUUGGAGAUUGUAUACAAGAUGGAUUUUUCUCUAGUUGGCUUUGUUAUCUGCUGCUCAAUUUUGGGGUUUGGGAUACAUGAAGCAACUUCUUUAGACCGCAGCAGAAAAGAUUCUUCUCGGAGUCAUGAUACAUCAAAUGGACUGUUGGACGACCAAGAUCAGCUAUCUUCCCUACCAACCUGAUGUUUAUUGAUCUCAACAUCACACCUUAAACAAUUGGAUGCCUGCAGUAAUCAGUAGAUGAUGGUUUGGUCCAUGUUACUACUGUCAUCAAGCGGAAAAACCUUUUUUUAUUUGGCUGGCAACCGUGCUGAACUCAAAUGCAUCAUGGACAUGGACACAUUAGUCUCGCUUUCCUUGCCUUAAUGCCGUGUGCGGUCUGCUUUGCUAGCAGCCUCAAUUUUUUUGCUGAAAAUAUGUAGCGCUGACCAAUUGUAAGGUCCUUGAAACUUGUAUCCUUGGCCUCUAAUUUACGUCUUUAUUUGAUCUGUACUUUGUACUUCAAACUUAACUUUACUGAUCCAUAGACUGAUGAUAAUUUUCAUAUAAAGGAAUUUCUUUGUUCU